GGGGAAACAAUUGGUAACUGACUUCUUUUCAAAGAAAGGUCAAACUCAAAUGUUCGUCGUCAGUUGCUCAGUGUUUGAGCUCUUCACAGAGACGCCAACACAUUGAGCCAUGGAGAAGUUUGUGCUUGUAUUAGUCUGCCUCCUAGAUGUUUUGGUGUGUUUUGGAACCGGUCAGCACCGUUUACGCGCACGUGUCGGACCGUGGAGACACCGGAUUCAGUGGGAGAAUAACGGCCAGGUGUACAGUUUAAUGAGCACAGGGACUCAAUAUCGCUCCCCUGCGCAAACCAGAAAACGUCCUCAGCUCAUAUUGACAACUAAAAACAGUUUGAACCGACUUCACCCUCCUGUUGCGCUCAGUAGAUCCACCAGAACCAGACAUGGAGACCUCGAGGAGGCAGCCGCGGGUCACUCUCAACAAAACGACCUCAGUCAAAUGGAUGGGUCGGUUCUUGGUGUUGAUGCGGGUCAGUAUUUACUCGCUUCGGGAAUACCCGGGACGCACAGUCAAUCCCCUUCGCGCUUCGCCAGCCGCAGAGAGGCUGUGGCUGUGGGAUACCUUUCACAACAGGCAGCGUCAAACGGCAGCGCCGCGGCUUUCACCACCAUCCAGGAGUUCUCCGGCAGUGGAGUCCCACGAGGAGGCCGGAGUGCACCUGGAGCUGGCGCACAACAGGCCACUGUGUCACCGGUGGGAUCACCGGACUUUACGCACAGCCAAGGCGGAAGGAUAAGCUCGGAAUCAGCAGCCCGGUCACCUGCCAUAGCUGGAUGGGACACCAUGGGAGAGGAUAGUGGGAACACACGUCGCAUCCCGCAGCAAACCAGGUUAGGAGACGUUCGCAGUGCGCAAAGAGCGCACUCACUGACCAGAAACACGGCGGAAUCAAAUGUUUCUCCCACAGCGCUGUCCAGUAACGCCGUAGAAAUACACUUUCCUCGCACAAGGUCGGAUGCAACAAGUGCUAGGGACAUGGAUGACCCACGGGAUCCGCACAGUAUUCAUCACAGGAACUCCGUUUUCUAUAAUGUUUACCCACCAGACCAUAGAAACAGGAUCACUGUGCACCCUCCACCAGGACCGGGCUAUGGCACCAGGUUCUUCCACAAUGGUCUCCCAGACUUGGUUCCUGACCCUUACUACAUCCAAGCUGCCUCUUACAUCCAGAAAGUACAGAUGUACGCACUUCGCUGUGCUGCUGAAGAGAACUGUCUUUCCAGGAUGUGCGUUGGCCUCAGACCCAUUUGGAAGCUACAGUAGCUGUGACAGAGCGGCUGGACAUAAACCUGGCAACCGCCCGAGAUUCUCUCCUCUGAUCUCAGCAGCCACUUUGCCAAGUAAAAGAAGCUCUGAAGUGAAAGGCAAAGGAUUCCUGAGGUCUGCUAAUCACCCGAAUGUGAGGGACCUCGACUACAGAGUCCUGCUGCGGUUUCCACAGCGAGUGAAGAACCAAGGAACAGCGGACUUCCUCCCAGUGAAGCCCAGACAUGAGUGGGAAUGGCACAGCUGUCACCAGCAUUACCACAGUAUGGAGGCCUUUAGUAACUAUGACUUGCUGGAUGUCUUUACUGGACAGAAGGUCGCCGAGGGACACAAGGCCAGUUUCUGUCUGGAGGACACAUCCUGUGACCCGGGUGUACGACGCCGCUUCGCCUGCACUGCUCACACACAGGGACUCGGCCCCGGUUGCUACGAUACGUAUCACGCCAAUAUCGACUGCCAGUGGAUCGACAUCACUGAUGUACCGCCUGGAAACUACAUCCUCAAGGUGACAGUGAACCCCUCGCAGAUCGUUCAGGAGUCUGAUUUUUCAAACAAUGAGGUGCGCUGCGACAUCAGGUACACAGGAAGCUACGUCCAGGCGAGAAACUGCAGGAUCACUGUAAGCUGACCUGACUGAAGACAAACAUUUUCCCACAGAAACCUAUACUUAAUGCCUUCUUGUUGCUCUUAAUGUGCAGCUGAUACUCUGUUGCGUAGCUGUUUUACUUUAAAAUGUUUUCUAAUCUGUUCGUAUUUAUGUCAUAUGAUAUAUAUUGUAACUACAACCAGGCUGGCUAAGAAGAAGAAAAAGCAUAUCAGCGUGAUUCACAUGAUGAAGUUAUUCUUAAGAAAGCUAUGUGAAUUCAUUCAUGAACACAUUCAUUCAGUCAUACUGUACGAGUGAAUUUAUUAACAUUUUGUGUAGAGAAAAAGUUCCUCUGUCUAUUAUUGAGCAUUAAUAUGGAUUGGAGUAAAAGACUUAAAAGCGCUUUUAAAAUUUAUAAUAUAUACCCAAAAAAAUGUAUGCAUUUAUGCAUUUCGAGCAGCAUAGCGUGUAUGAUUUUGUGCAGUUUUGAGUAUAUUACAUACAUAAAUGAGUGAGUAUAUUAUUACUCGCACACAUGUAUAUUCUGUAAUAAUAAUCUAGUGA